AUGGCCGCGGACGACUCGUACACGGCAGCUGACGAUCGCGCCCGCCUGGUGCCAUACGCCCGGGCCGCAGCAGACGGCUCGCUCUAUAGCUGGCCCGACGGCGAGCUCGUAACGCCGGACAAGCUGGCGGCGUGGCUCAAAGAGGAUAUCCUGUUACGACGCGUUGUGCCGCCGCAGAAGAAGCCGCGCGCGCGGGGUAAGGUUAGGGCGACGGCAACGGCGAGGCCGUACAGAGGCCGAAAGCCUGGCCGAAGCUUUGAGGUCCCCUUGGCCGAGGCCGCUGAGCUGCUCGCUGACGACCGCGAGGGUUACGUGCCACCCACAGGCCUCGCGACGGCUGCAGUAGACCUUACCGAAGGGUCUUUGCUUACGAGGGGCACUAUCGACGCCUAUAUCGCGGCCGUUAUCGAGCCAUGGAGGCUCCAGGUGGCUCACGGCAACUCGAAUACGGAGAAUCCCGGGGCGCCGCCCAAAACCUCCGUACGCGAGUCGACCUCCUCUUCGGCCACUACUACCUCUUACGGGGAGAACCGCCGCAAGAUGGAGCUUGCAGACCUGUCCCUACUCGACUAUCCGCCUUCGGAAGGGCCGACCCCUGUGGUUGACUGGACUGGUAUCGGAUCAAGGUCCUCGUCGGGCGGGACCGCGAGCAGGAGCUCGUACCCGACGCAGCUACAAGAGACCUGGCGUAUCUUCGGCGCUGCCGGCCUUAUCGCGUCGAAGAAGACGCACCUCCCGCGCAGGGUGGGCGCCCAGGACGCGGAGACCCAUGGCACGUCGCUCGCCCAGAUCUCGCAGGCCGGCCGCUGGAACCAGAGCGUGCUCUGCCAGGCAUAUCUUACGCACCUACCGCGGCAGUUCAUGCGUAUCGUCGCCGGCUUCUCGGCCUCCCGGGGACUACUCGCGCGUGCGGCUCACGAACCCCCUCCGCUACCCGUCGCUACCGUUCUUCGCCUACGCCCCUUUAGCGGGCCCGAGUGGGACGAGUUCGCCGUCGCCGUGCGGUCCACCGCGGUAGGGGCUAUGGAGCCGAAUAGUCAGCGGCUCGCCAUCCGGCUUGAGGCCCGGCUGGACGGGAUUCAGGGCGGCCUCGAUGCCCUCCUCCAAGGCAAGGUCCCUAUCACCUUUACCGGUUACUUCGGAGCCGGGUCAGCAGAGGCGCUGGCGCCGGCGCCGGCGCCGGCGCCGUCAACAGUACCUACCUUGAAUCUCAAUACAGCUCCGGCCCCGGCCCCCGACCCAGAGCCUCUGGUACCAGGCAUGCCUAUCGUCACAGCCCUGGCAAGGGUCUUUACGGUGGGGGACGUCUGGAAGGAGUGGGAGGAAGGAGUGCAGUUCUGUCGCCGGAAGGUGAUCUGGGACGAGCUGUUGGCCCGUAUGGCGUCCGGCAAAUGCAAGGAGGCGGCCGUUGCAGAGCUAGAGCUGUUACGCGCCGGCCGAAGCUUGAACCGACUCGUCGACGAACUCAAACAGCGCCGACGGCGGGGCCAGGAUCGGGGCCAGGCCAGGGCCAGAUACGGGUACAGGUAG